UCAAGUACAAAGGACAGUAAAUCAGGACACUAUAAAAGGAACAUGAGAGGCUGUGAGGAUGACAGAGCAAGAGCUGGAAACAAACAUCAGUGAAGAAUGAAGGCUUUAGUAUGUAUACUGCUGCUGUUGGAAACCUUUGUGUUUGUCGUCCAGCAGCAGGUAGAUGGAGGACUCAAUGAGAAUGAGAUCAGUCAACAGAUCAGCUCUGAGGACGGAAGACAGAAUCCACCUCAAACAGACACUUUGAGAGCUGAAGCUUCAACUGACAGACAACAAUACUGCCAUCUGUGCUUCCCUGACAUCCAUGCAGCACUGAGAGAACUGACCGCCACCGUUACAGAGCAGAAAGGAAACAUCAGAGCUUUAGAGACGCGAUUAAUGGAUGAGAUGAAGAAGAAAAAUGAAGAAAUUUCAAAUCUUACUCUGGGUCAAGAGGAGUUGAGAAAGGAAAAUAGAGACAGAGAAAUAGCUUUUUCAGCUGGACUGACACAAUCGAGCAGUGAAUAUAUUGGUCCUUUCACCACUCACAUCACACUAACCUACAGGAACGUCUUCACAAACAUAGGGAACGCCUACAACCCAAUUACAGGUGUUUUCACAGCCCCACUGAAAGGAGCGUACAUGUUCAGAGUCUCUGUAUUUGAUCUUGGUGGAUCUACAUCAACUGCCUACAUUGUUAAGAAUGGAGAGCUUGUGGUUAUGGCAAAUGAUGUUCAGGCUCAGGAUCGGUUAAGCUCCUCAAAUGGAGUUGUGUUGAUCCUGGAGGUUGGAGAUGUUGUCUAUGUGAGACUUUGGUCUAACACGAGGAUAUAUGAUAACGAGAAUAACCUCAACACUUUCAGUGGUUUCCUACUGUUUCCUUUAAGAUAACAGGAGAUUUGAAGAAUGUGAUUCCAAUAAUUCUGAACUUUCACUGUAUGAUUUAAGAUGAAAAUCAUGAAGAAUCAUUAACAUAUGAAUCUGUAUUAAUGAGGACUAAUGUGUGUUUGACUUUUUUGAUAGAUUACUGUGUAAAGUCAGUAUAAUACACUAUAAUCAUAAGUUCUGAUCUGUCUGUACAUGUAAGUUUGUAUAAAGAGUUUCAGCACUGAGACAGACAGGACCCAUGAAUAUCACAUGUGACUCAAAAGUGUUUUGUUAAAGUAGUAAAUCUAGAAUGUUAAAUAAUACCUUUUUAAGUGUAUCUUGUACU